UUGGUGCUCGUUUUCGCCUCUGAUUGGAUUAGCGUGCUGUCAGUCAAUCUUAGUACCGCCCCUGUAAUGGAAGCAGGGUUGUAUCUACUGUAAAUAAUCGAUGAGGAAGAUCAUCUUUCUUUAUGAAGCAUAAUGUUGACUUUAUGAAUCAUCCACCCUAACAUAUUCAGCCUACCAUGAGUACAGUGGGAGAAAAUCAGCUGCAGAGAAUAAUCAGAGAUCUGCAUGAUGCAGUUUCUGAGUUGAGCAAAGAGUAUUGUGAUACUGGAGAGCCCAUCACAGAUGACAGCUCCAGCCUUCACAAGUUCUGCUAUAAACUGGAGUACCUACUGCAGUUUGACCAGAAAGAGAGGACCACAUUUCUGGGCAGCAGGAAAGACUACUGGGACUACUUCUGCGACUGCUUGGCCAAGAUUAAAGGAGCUAAUGACGGCAUUCGCUUUGUCAAAUCAAUCCCUGAGUUGAAGACGUCAUUAGGGAAAGGACGGGCUUUUAUCCGCUACUGUCUUGUGCACCAAAGGCUGGCCGACACUCUUCAGCAAUGUCUUAUAAACUACAAAACCACAAGUGAGUGGUAUUAUGAACGCAGUCCCUUCCUGAAGUCCCAUCUGAACAUCGAUAUCAUCAAUCACUUGUAUGAGCUUAAUGAGAUCCAGUUUGAUGUAGCGUCCCGAGGUCACGACCUUGACUCUGACUGGCCCACUUUUGCAAGAAAGACUCUGGGAUCCGCUAUCUCACCCGCCCAUGCAUGGAAACCACCCAGUCGCUGCUCAAGUGUCAACAGUUUGGUCAGCAGUUACUCACAGCAAGCUCCGGAUUUUCAAGGCCAAGAUUUUGGCUCCAGUCUUCUAGGUGAUCUCGGGGAACUAGGUGAGCUAUCCUGUAGUGCUUCUGAGGACCUGCGCAUUGAGCUUGACCAGUCAGAAUUGAGACAAAAAGAGCUCCAAGAAAAGAUCCAGCAGCUCACCAGCGAAGCAGCUGAUCUGAAGGCUGUGGUCAAAAACCUACAAGAACAACUCUUGGCUAAAGGUCCCAAUCAAGAGAAAGAAGGAGAGCAGGAGGUGGUGAAAGCUGUUAGAGAGUGCACAGAUCGCCUCCAUACAACCACACAGGGACUAGAGGCUCUACGUACAUCCGAACGUAACCUAGAAGCCAAGUUGAGCGUUGCGGAGAACAGGAACAUGGAGUUGCUGGCAAAGCUUGACGGAGCCUUGAGCGACAAAGGACACCAGGCUGCCAGCUACUGCGACUCAGCCUGGAGGAUCCAAGAGCUACUGACCAAGCUAAAGGAGGCAGAGGAAGAAAGGAUUGAGUGUAAACGAGAAAGCGAAGACCGGGCAAGACUAGCUGAGCGACUUGCCAAGGAGCUGAAGCUUCAGGAGGAGAAACUUAAGGAGAUGGAAAGUAAACUGGACACUUGUAGAGUGUCUGCUGAUAAAGAACGAACAACCGCAGUGCAGCAGGCUGAUGAGCUGCAGAUGACCAUCAACCGCCUUCAGGGAGCGCUUUCCCUGAAGGAGCGAGAAUCAGGGAACCUCCGGACUCAGCUGCAGGAUGUACAGAGAGCACUCGAGGCCAAGGAAGGUCAACUGGAGGAGCACAAGAAAAAGCUCGAUGAGGAGCUACAACACAAAAGUGUGCUUGAAGAACAAUUGAACGCAAAAGUGACCGAGUUGUCCACCGUUACCCAGAAGAUCCGGCAAUUGGAGAAUCUCAACCAGAGGUUGACUGCGGAAAGUCAGAGCCUCCAAGCGCAAGCCAAGAAACUGGAAGAGUACAAGAACCAGUGCACAAGUUUAAUGGAGAUCAAUGCCAAGCUGAUCCAAACGGUGAAGAGAAACGAGGAGAGCAGCAAGGAGCUGGUGCAAACCAAGAACGCCCUGGAGAAGGAACUGAUUACCACACAGUCCUCUGAGAAGCAACUGAGAACCAAAUUGGAGUCGGCUGGACUGACGGUGGAUAACCAAAAUCUUGAGAAUGGCCAGAUGAACAGCGAGGAAACCGAGAUUGAACAACUUGAGGAGAAGAGUAUAUCAAGGGACGAGAGUGCUGCAGUCCCACAAGAGAACAAAACAACGACUUCUAGACACCUUCGGGAGGCCAGUGAAUCUUCGAGAACUGAUAAUGGAGAAUCCACUUCUAGAUUGGCUCUGGCUGAGGCUCAACUUGAGCUGAACAUGAAGGAGGUUUCCAGACUCCAGGAAGAGGUCGUGGAGCUCCGGGCACAGCUAUUGGUGAGCUCUGAGGAGAGGAUGAAGAUCCAGGCUUUGCAGGAAGUGACGGAAGCCUCCAGAGAAGAUCUCCGGGCUCAGACGGAGCAACUAAAAUCCCAGGUGGAAGAGCUAAACCGUAGGCAUGUGGAGGAACUGCUGCGUUGCCGGGAAAGAGAAGAUGCUCUGGUGAAGGAGAGGGAUAUGGAGGCCAAGGUGCGGGCAGAAGCCCAAACAAACCUGAAUGAAAUGAAGGAAGAGCUUCACAAAUUGAAAAAGCAGAAUAGCACGCUUGUGCUUGAGAACGGAGAGGCUCAAGAGGCCUUACACAGGGCCAACACUGAGACAGCUGAGCUUGGGGUUCACGUUUGCAUGCUGACGGGACAGAACGAGGAGGCUCAGUUGAGAUGGGAAGAGCUUUCUACCAAACUGCAGGAGCUGCAGAUGGAGGCACAGGAGGAGGUGGAAACUCUAAGUGAUUCGAUGGAGGCCUUGAGAAAAGAUAAUGCAAGACUUCAAGAGCAGCUAAAGCAGACUGAGAGAGUCCCAGAAGCCAUGCAGAAGUUGCAGGAGAGACUUGAGCAGGUGGAAGAAGAAGCUAAAAGCAUUCAAGAGAGCCGACAGAGAGAAGUGGAUACACUGAGGUCACAGUUGAGCGAUGAAGCGGUGCACCAUCAAACUCAAGUGCAGGGUCUGAAUGAGGAACUGGAUGCAUUGAGGAAGAGGCUGGACAAUGAAGUCGAGAAAGUUUCAAGUCUGGAGUCCAAAGUUUUGGAGCUCGAGUCUGCCAACAGCGAUUACAGUCAGAUGAUCGAAAAGAAAAGUGCCCUCAUAGGCGAUUCUGAAAGUUUAAUUAAUCAGAAAGAGGAACAGAUCAAAAACCUCAGUGUGGACUUAACAAGAGCUGAGGAGGAACUGGCUCUUGCUCAGCAGUCCUGUAAAGAACUGGGUGUGAACUUAAGCAGAAGUGCGAUGGAGAAGCAGGCCAUUGAACUGAAGAUGUCUGCUGAGUUGGAUGACCUUUAUCGCACCAAAAAAAAUCUGGAGGAGAGGCUCAUCGAGCUCAUAAGGGACAAAGAUGCUUUAUGGCAGAAGUCGGACGCACUGGAGUUUGAACAGAAAAGGAGGGCUGAGGAACAGACAGACAAAGACGUCACAUACUGUUUGAGCUGCCGCAACAACUUCACCUGGAUGCUGCGCAGACAUAGCUGCAGGUUUUGUCAGCGCCCAUUCUGUUACUACUGCCUCUCUCAUGAUACAAAUGUCCACCGCUGCUGUAAGGACUGCGUCAGUAAGCGCCAUUCUGCACAUGCGGAUCCGGGUAGUCCUGGACGCCCAGUCCACAGCCCAAUAUCAAGCCCUACGCGAACCAGCACGCCUGGUGUCCCAUGGGUGCUGAAGUCCCCUCGGUCAGAUGACACAGCAUAUGACAUCAUCACAGAAGAGGAGGUGAACUGUGUCCAUGACAGCGACUCGUUAUACACCACCGCUGUGCAGCCCUCAGAGACACAACAGCUAAGCAGCAGUGACAUCACCAGCACAGAAGAUUCAGACGAGCUGAUCGGCUCCGUUCAGGACGCUGAGAUUUGUCUGCUGAAAUCUGGAGAGAAGACGCUAUCUGUGCCGUUUAGUGUAGAGGACGUGACUCAGUUUGGCAAUAAGUCCAGAGAGCUCUUCAUCAAGUCCAGCUGUUACAGUGUCAUUCUCAUCUCCGCUGCACAUCCGGGUCCUACGAUCAGCUGGGUCUUCUCCUCCGAACCCAAGAGCAUCGGCUUCAGUGUAGUGUACAAAGAGAGCACAGAUACGCCUCUAGAACAGGCCAAGGUUCUGAUCCCUCUGACGAGAUGUAACUCUCAUAAGGAAACAAUUCAGGGUCAGCUGAAGGUCAGAAACCCUGGAGAAUAUACUCUUAUAUUUGAUAACUCCUUCUCCAGGUUCCUCUCGAAGAAAGUCCAGUACAAACUGAGUAUAGAGAAGCCAGAGGUUUGCAACGGAAGUGAUUGCUCUUCAUAGGAAAAUGAAUCACGCACACUUGUGUCUGUGCCAGGUCAUGGACCGCUUGUCCAGUCAAUAUGGCUGUUUAUCAAGCCAAACAUAUAAUGCUGCUUUCAAUGAAUUGUGUGGUGAAUCUCACAAUCAAAUGAAAAAAAAUGAGAAAUUUAGUUCGUAAUAAAAUAAAGUAUAUUUAUAUUCCCCUUAAAUUCUUAUUACAGUAAUGCAAAAAUCAAAUAUUUGUUACUGAAAUGUUAAAAUGUAAAUAAAUAAUGGCUAUAUAUACACAAUUUUAUAGUAAUAAUAUAUAUAUAAUAAAUAAUAAUAUUUUUUUAUGUGAUCAUUGUAAUACAGUAAAGAGAAUCUUAAAAAAAAACAGAAAACAUCCAGAUGCAUUACAUUAAUGGGAAUUUGAGGGUGAAAUGUGUGUAUUGGUCAUGAAAAAUAAUAAUGUCAAAAUGCAAAAAAUGCUCCCAAGGGUAAUUUCUUUAUGUAAUAAAAUAAUUUCUUAUUUUUGUUAAUUUGAAAUAUGACCUGGACAUAUUGUGAGAUUCACCCUCAUUCCAGCCACAUUCCUCUUAUGGAUGAUUGCUCUUCAUUCAUAACCUUUUAUGAAUGAUUUUAACACACUCUUGGCCAACUCUAAUGGCCAGAAUGGUACAAUAUCUCUGACAUACUUAUUAAGUGAAUGGACAGCGAAAAAAAAAAAAAAAAAAACUCAAUGAAGGAAAACCCCUGAAAUUUGGUGUGGUCAGUAGAAAAAUAGAUGAAGUUUUUAUAACAGAUUAUGCACUACAGAAGAGCUUUAUUACUGUGUUUUUUAAUGAAUUAGUGAUAUGAAGGAAAUGCUUGUACUACAUCAGGUUACUGACAUACAGGGACAUUUUUUCAUUCUAUCUAAUAUUCAUUUAAGUCUAACCUAUGCUAAAAAUUCAGGAAUUUAAACAGCUAUAAAUGGAUAAGAAUUAUGAAUAAUCUAUUUUCUUAUGAGGUUGCAUAGUGUAUCUCUCAUAAUAUGGGCAUCUUAGGUCUUUUUCCAAAGCUUUAUAAAUCAACUAUGACUUCUCUGCAGACAUAUAAUCUGUAUUCUGAAGGGACGAGUGCACAGUAAUAAGGGGAAACUCCAUUUCCUGGCCGUCUUGUUUUUUUUCAACCAAAAAAUGCAUUUUCAUUCGGCUGACGCCAGGGAAAAAUUCAUAAGCAAUAACUCAGUGACUGUGUUUUUUGCAUAAAUCAGAUUGGCGGUGCAAUAACUCCAGCCUGAAGAAGGUGGACAUUGUAAAUGACACUUUUUAUAAUGGCUACAUUUUAAUAAUAAGCAUUGAUUCUUCACUGUUGCACUUUUUGAAUGUGUUUCAGAGGCUGAUGAUGGCAUUUGAUCAAAGAACUGUAGCAGUCGUUUUUUAUGUGCGGUUACUGUAAGUAGCUGUGAUAUGACAGUAAUGUUAUAUUACAGCUAGUUUGAAAUGGGGCUGAAUUAAAACUACUUGGUGGCGUGACUCUA